AAUGAUAUUUUUUUCCAAUUUAUUGACCUGAUAUAUCAAUUUGACCAGCCACAAAUCGCCUCACCGUAUAAAAAAUGAUGUUGCAAACCGCCUCACAAAAAUGGUAAAGAUUUACGAUCGCCACGGAUUUGGAGAUCGAUAUAUCGUCCGCGAUAUUUACAACAGUGGUUGCGUGUAAUAAAUUUCCAGUAACUAUCCUCAUAAUUCGCCAGACAGGACUUAUUUCAAAAUGGCAUGAACCUCUUAAAUGCAGUUACAAACAUGCUAAUUCUGCUCAUAUUCAAAGGGGGGGAAAAAAAGAAUUAUGGCAAAAAUUAAUUAAUGUUUGAAAUAUCACAACAUACCCUAAAGAACAACUUAUCUACAAUAUAUAUUGUUCUGCAAGGGCUUUUAUAAGAUUCAGAAAUGUGUUUAGUCAAACCCUAGUUCUAUAUAUUUCUUGAUUUUGGGCAAAAAAAAAAAAAAUACAGCCAUACUCAUUUCAUAAACAAAGGGUGAAAAAUAGAUUUCAAGAUUAAUUGUGUCAAAAUGAUUUCAAGUACUCUUCCUUUAGAUAUCAUAAUCGUUAUUUUGUCGAUGCUGCCGGCUGCAACCUUGGUGAGGUUUCGAUGCGUGUGCCGAUCUUGGAAAGAGUUGAUAAGAGACCCCGUCUUUAUCAAAGAACAUAUGCGAAAUCGGGCUUCUAAAGGUACGCGUUAUCUCCUUCACGUAAAAUUGGAACAUUCAAUUGAUCGCACUUUUAGAUUUCUUAACGAUGAAACGUUCGAGCGAUCUCUAGAAAUUAGACUUCCUCUCGAGCUUUACUGGAAGAGCUUUAGUAUAGUCGGUUCUUGUAACGGUUUGUUGUGCCUCACCGUGGCGGUUGACUUCGGUACGACCAUAUAUUUGUGUAACCCCUUCGUUAGAACAUAUAAAACAAUAAACCCUCCAUCGGAGCAAAGUAAUGUUAAAUUUUCUUUAGGGUUUGGAUACUAUGACGUAACAAACGAUUACAAGAUUGUUAGGAUUGCUUCCGUAAUGGACGAUGAUAUGGAUUCGACUUUUCAAUACAAAGUAGUGAUGGCAAGUAAAAUCGAGGUUUACUCAAUGAUGACAAAUUCAUGGAAGAGUAUAGAAGUGGAUUAUUUCCCGUGGGGUUGGAUCGAAAGAAAAUCCGAAGCUUUAAUCAACAACUCAAUUCAUUGGAAGGCGGUUUACCGAAGUAGGGACGAGGAUAUCGCGGUGAUUUUGGCCUUCCAUAUGGGAAAAGAGGUUUUCUAUCAAAUCGAUCAACCGGAUUUUGAAGCCGAUGGGGACGACUUGAUGGAGCACAUUGGUGUUUUCAAGGGAGAUCUUGCUUUGUUCGCGUUUCAUUUGACAGAUAAUUAUCCUUGGCACGAAAAAUGUCACUUGUGGGUGAUGAAGGAAUAUGGGGUGGUGAGUUCUUGGACUAAAUUGUACUCGAUUAGGGUUGAUGGUGGUGUCGUUAGUCCGAUCAUAUUUACUAAUAACGACGAGAUAAUAUAUGAAAACGGCGAGCUUGAGUUGAGCGUGUGCCGCCUUGAUAGCAAUGCAGUUACCCCCCUCGGAGUCGACAACCAAGGUUACCUUAGUUUGGUGACCUACGUCGAUAGCCUCGUUAUGUUGAAUGGCUAGAAACGAACACCAAGAACGAGACCCUUUUUUUUUUU